AUGCUCCGGCUGGUCGCCGUAUCUCCGGCGGCGUCCCUCCCUCUCUUCCCCACCGAUCAUCCUCGCCGCCGCUUUCCUGCGAUCCCAAGCUCGCCGUGCCUCGCCCUUCCUCCUCUUCCCCUCGUCCGUGCUCUAGACGGUGGCUCCUCCCCCUGUAGACCUUCGGCUUUCGCCGCCCUCUCCUCGCGCAGGGGAUCUGUGAAUUGUGAGCUGCUUCCUUCGUCGCCGCUUCAGCUUAUCGCGCCCUACGUGGAGGCCGAGUGGGAGCUCAUACUCAAAGGAUGGCUCUGCAGCGCCGUCUCCGUCUACUGCCUUGCCAGGUUCGUCCCCAAGAUGGGGCAGCUAUCUUCCGUUAUGGGCCGGUACGGCCCCGAGCGGCUGUUGGUGGAGGUCAUGAAGCUGGCGAGCUUGGGUGUGAUCCGCUCUGUUGCGUGCUACCUCCAGCAGGCGUACCUCUGGGAGGCAGCCUUGAGGGCGGUGUGCAAGAUCAGGGUGGACGUGUUCGGCAAGUUGGUGCACAGAGACCUCGGCUUCUUCGAAGGGAGGGGAGGGAUUCCCACUGGGGAAGUGGCGCACCGGAUCACAGCCGAAGCCAAGGACGUCGCGGAUACUGUCUUUGCCCUUUUGAACGUUAGAACUUGCUCCUGAAUAAUACGGUUUGCGGAAGAUAUUCAUCCGUCAAUCCCAUUUCUUCUAAUCAUAUUGGCUACCGAGUCUGCAGAGACUUGCAUAUCGGAGAUCAUCUGUAAAAAAUGAUCUUCUUAUUCUUGUCACCUGUUGUGCUUCCAGAUAGAAUCGUUUGGACCUGCUUCUCUAAUCGAGAUCUUGUUUUUUAUGCAGACAAGUUUGCCAAAUGCUCUGCAGCUUAUGGCGAUGGCAACUCAGAUGGUCGUCAUCAGUCCAGUUCUUUCAUUUAUAUCGGCCUUGGUAAAUGGAGACAUCGAUAAUUGGUCCUUCUAAUAGAUGCUUUAUAUCAUACCGUCGUGUUCCAAUAACAAAUUGAACAUUGAAACUAGGUCAUACCAUUAAUGUCUCUUGUCGUUGCUCAUCUUGGCGAAAGGCUCCGGAAGAUAUCUCAGGAGGCGCAGUCUAGUGCUGCGAGGCUCUCUGCCUACCUAAACGAGGUUUUCCAUGGUUUCAUUUUGCCUACCCCCCAAAUCAUGUUCCACAUUUGACUGAACGAAUAAAUUUCAUUCACCCUCCAGGUUCUUCAGUCGAUGCUUGUUGUCAAAGCUAAUAAUGCAGAGUUGAGUGAAACCUCACGGUUUCAGAAGUUUGCUUAUGAUGAUCUAACGAAGCUUUUGAAGAAGAGGCGAGCCAAGGUUUUUGUUCCAGAGAUUGUGAAGGUUAUCCACAUUGGAGGAACGCUGCUUCUCUGUGCUGCAGCUGUGCUGGCUUCAAGGGGGCUUUUUGAUUCUUCUUACAUGGUGUCGUUCAUAAUAUCAGUGGCUCUGUUAGUCGACCCUAUUGAGGUACAUCAAUUUAAGUCGAGCAUGCAGUUCAUUCGGUGACUCAUCUGGCAUGAUAAACCAUCUUAGUGAUGGAAAGUUGUCUCAGAAUGUUGCAAUUGACAUUUCAUCGCAGUCUAAAGACCUAUGCUGGAAUAUUUCCGACCACAAUGGAUUUGACUUAAGAUUUGCAUACUGUUGAUGAAGACAUGGCUACCUGCAACUCCCAGUUUAUCUAGAGAAUUCACGCAAUAUACAUCAUGCAUUCGAAAUAUUUCUACUUCACAGCAUCCUAUCUUUUUAUAAUUGUUAAACUCUUCAUCAGUUGGUAGCCCUCACUGCGUCCCAAUUUCUGCAGCCAUUUAAAUUUGACAAAGUUGUAAUCAUUUACAGGGUAUGGGAAAGGCAUUCAACGAGUUGAAACAAGGAGAGCCAGCCAUAGAACGGCUAUUUAAUUUGACAAAUUUCAGGCCUCAGGUACCAUCCUAAACAAAAUCUUGUUUAAUAUUUUUGAAGAUCGGCCAUAAAUUUGAACUUUUGAGUACCAAAUUGACAGCAUUUUUCGUCGUCAAGGUGAUGAUUAAUCUACCAUGUUGGGUUCGCCUGUUCAGAUUGUGAUAUGUGCAUUAUAACUUCAUUGUCUAUGAAUAAUGAUACAUGGCCAUAUCAUCCAUAUCAGGAACGAAAAUAGUGUAUCUCAAGCUUGAUCCUUUUCAUCAUUCGUCCUUAUUUUUUCCUUUGUUUUUUAAGCUUGUCGAUUGAACGCUGUGUGCUCGGAAGUGAUUUCAUCUGAUUGAUCUGCAUGAUCUCAGUUCUCAGGGAUUCGAUUGGGCACAAUAUUUGCAUUGAGAACUUAAAAUCUAUUCAUUCUUGCUUGGAAGGUGAUUGAGAAGCCCAAUGCAGUGGACAGAGACUCCGUUGCGGGGGAUAUAAAGUUUUGUGAUGUUACUUUCAGAUACGAGGAAACCACGCGCCCUGUUCUUGAUAGAUUGAAUCUACAUAUCAGACCAGGGGAGACCGUCGCCUUUGUUGGGCCAUCUGGAGGGGGGAAAACCACGCUUACGAAGUUGCUGCUUCGGCUGUAUGACCCUCAAUCAGGUGACCAUCUUUGGCCAAAUAUUCUCUUCAGAAUACAAACCUAAAGGCUUCUAAUCGCUUGUGAUCAUUUUACUUUUUUUCAAUUAUUUUUCGUAAACAUGAUUCCAUUGACUCUUCAACAGGUCAAAUUCUCCUGGACGAUGAAGACAUAAAGGGCAUCCGAUUGAGAAGUCUCAGGGGACACAUCGGCUUGGUUUCACAGGAUGUAGUGAGUGUUCACUCAACUCUAUGUUCUUUACUCGAACCUUGGUAAUGCUUCUGAAAAGAGUUGACUUUUUUCAUGGGUCAAAUAGGGGCAAUGAAUCUGGUUUAUUUUCAUUAACGACAUAAAGUAAAUUAUUAUGCUGCUGUUCAGGCGUUAUUUUCAGGCACCGUUGCAGAAAAUAUUGGUUACAAGGACUUGAUGGGAGAAAUCAACAUGGAGCUCGUCGAGAAGGCUGCGAGAACUGCCAACGCUGUUGAAUUCAUCCGGAACCUUCCUGAUGGCUACGACACCGAUCUCGGUCAGAAGGGCUCUGUUCUGAGCGGAGGACAAAGGCAGAGGUCUGAUGAAUCCCCUUCAUCUGAAAUUUCGUACCACAUUUUAUAAUACCUUCUCUUUCUCUUUCUCUCUCUCUCUCCCACUCUCUCUCUCUCUCUCUCUCUCUCUCCCCCCGAACACACAGGCUAGCCAUUGCAAGGGCGCUGUACCAGGAGUCCUCCAUUCUAAUCCUGGACGAAGCAACCUCGGCAUUAGACAGCAGAUCUGAGGGGCUGGUGAGGCAGUCCUUGGAAUCCUUGACUGCGAACCACACUGUAAGUCAACCUCCUGAUACCCACCAGAAAAUCAAAUAAUUCUUAUCUUGAUAGCUUGUUAGAAACUAUGGUAAAUCUCAUCAAACAUAGGUAUUCUCAUGAACCAUGUAUUAUUAAACACUGAUGAUAUAAUUCGUAGAAAACUAUGGUGAAUAUCUUAAACAUUGGGAAUUAUCGAUAAUUUGAAUGAAUGAUUAGGUUCUGGUAAUUGCUCACCGAGUGGAGACGGUUCUGAUGGCGGACCGGAUCUUCCUGUUGGAUGGGGGGCAGCUGGAAGAGGUCAGUCGGUCGGCUUUCCUAUCUCGGGAUGGUAAACCGGCGCCGCCAAUGGCAAAUGGCCUCAUUGUCUGA